UGGUUGCCAAUCACCUGCCACCAUCGCCAUUUUCCUUCUCUUUUUCCGACAAGCCAUACUUGAGUAUUUGUGCCGACUUUUAAAGGCCCAGUUCAUUCCAGUUGGGUUUAUCGACGGAUUUUUCAACUAAAGCAGUGAAACUGAGGAAAAAUGUCAUCAGGUGGAACAUUACAGAAAGCCAUUGACAUAGUUACCAAGGCGACAGAGGAAGACAAGAACGGCAAUUACGAGGAAGCUCUUAAGCUGUAUACACAUGGCGUAGAGUAUUUCAUCCACGCCAAUAAAUAUGAGGCCCAUGGAGAGAGAGCAAAGCAGAGCAUCCGUGACAAGUGCACCCAGUAUCUGGAGAGAGCGGAGCAACUCAAGAAUUACAUCGACAAGAAGAGCUACAAGAAGAAGCCGGUCAAGUCGAAGGAAGGAGGCAGCAAUUCGUCCAAGAAGGGGAAAGGUAACAAUAGUGACAGUGACAGCGAUGACAACCCCGAAACCAAGAAGAUGCAGGCCCAACUACAAAGUGCAAUUGUAAUGGAAAAACCCAACAUCAAGUGGAAUGAUGUGGCUGGUCUGGAAGGAGCCAAAGAUGCCCUGAAGGAAGCCGUCAUCCUGCCCAUUAAAUUCCCUCAUCUCUUCACCGGCAAGAGACAAGCCUGGAGGGGCAUUCUUCUCUAUGGGCCCCCUGGCACAGGUAAAUCCUACCUUGCCAAAGCCGUGGCUACAGAGGCCAACAACUCAACCUUCUUAUCUGUGUCCUCUUCUGAUCUAGUCUCCAAGUGGCUGGGAGAAAGCGAGAAGCUAGUGAAGACUCUCUUCUCCCUAGCAAGGGAAAACAAGCCCUCCAUUAUCUUCAUUGAUGAGGUGGACUCACUGUGUGGCUCAAGAAGUGAGAAUGAGAGUGAGUCGGCGAGACGGAUCAAGACUGAGUUCCUGGUCAACAUGCAAGGUGUGGGUGUUGAUAAUGACCAGGUCCUAGUGCUCGGGGCCACCAACAUCCCAUGGACCUUGGAUGCUGCCAUCCGAAGAAGAUUUGAGAGAAGGAUCUAUAUCCCUCUGCCGGAGGAGACGGCCCGCAUGACCAUGUUCAAGCUGCACAUGGGCAAGACGCCAUCUGAUCUGACCGACAGUGACUACAAGUACCUGGCCUCGCUGAGCCAAGGCUACUCCGGGGCGGACAUCAGCAUUGUCGUCCGGAAUGCCCUGAUGGAACCUGUGCGCAAGGUCCAGACGGCUACCCACUUCAUGAAGAUUUCAGGUCCUUCACCAACAGACCCAAAUGUGAUGGUUCAUGACCUUUUGACCCCCUGCUCCCCGGGUCACCCACAAGCCAUUGAGAUGACAUGGUUGGACGUCCCCAGUGAGAAGCUGGCUGAACCCAAAAUCACUGUGAAAGACAUGCAGGUGUCGCUGGAGCACAUCAAGCCAUCCGUCAACGAAGAUGACCUGAGCAAACACGUCAAGUUCACAGAGGAAUUUGGCCAGGAGGGUUGACCACAGAAUUUAUUGGCAUCGAUCAAAACUGUCAGAUGUAACGUGUUGGAAAGGAGGUUUUUGUAAAUACUGUAAAUGCUCAGUACAGACAACAAGAGAACUCCAAAACUGAAAGGUUUGAUGUAACAAAUGUAACCGCUUGUUCUCUAUUGGUAAUUUGUAUCUUUAAAACCCACCAUGUUCUCAACAAAUUGUGCUUAAGAUGGAAUUUUUCUUGGUAUGAUGUAAACAUGCAGCGUAAGUUCCGUGGUGAUUUGGCCACCCUAGGUAACAUUUGGAAGGUUGUUUUUACCAGCUGUCUGGACACAAAAUACAGCUUUUGUUCUCUCAGUAGAAUUCAACCAUCUGUCUGAGUGCAUCUCCAUUGCCACAGAAGUUUGUACGAUCACCAGUGCCAGUGUUAUUUCUUGCCUUCACUGUGCAUUUCCCUUGCAGUGCUUCUCGACACUAUACAGUGAAGCUACUGUCUGCAUUUUAUCUAUAUCCGUUGGCCAGGGUCCAAUUUUCACAGAGCUGCUUAACAGAUAGCAGACAAAUCAUGCUUACUAGAGCAGAAAAAUUUGCCAACCUUAAGCACUAUUUCAAGGUGGUGCUUGCCGUAGUUGUGCUGACAGUUGCAUGCGUGUAGAGAUUUCUAUUGUUUUAUCACGACGUUAACCACUUCCUGCCGGGGACUGCAGAAUCAGAGACGUAUGGCUAAUAUG